GAGCAGCAGGAACCAGGAGCCUCGCUGCUGCUGCUGCUGGAUGUGGUUCCGUCUCUAGCUGCUGUCAGGUCUGAUCUGCAGGAAACACUGAGCAGUGUCCUGUGAGGAGGAGGUGGAGGGAAUGAGCAGAGGGAGAAAUCUACGGUGACUUUCCCCGGAGGAGACAAGUGGCCCCGGUGCCAACAGGGCAGAGAGAGAGAGAGAGGGAGAGAGAGAGGGAGAGAGAGAGUGCUGCUGCUGCUCUAUGACACCAGAGAUAUAACCACACUGACAAGAUGGACCUGAAGCUACUCUUGAUAUCCACAUUGUUAGGAGUCAUUUGUUACAGUGAUGCUCAGAAAGAGGGGAACGAGUGCAUCAAUGCCAAUGCCAAAUACUGCGGGGACUGCAUCCAGGCCGGAGCCAAAUGUGGCUGGUGUAAAGACCCAGACUUCCUGAAACAGGGAGAAACUGUGUCGACCCGCUGUGACGAGCUGCAGUCUCUGUUGAAAAGGGGCUGCGAUGAGGCGAUGAUUGAGAACCCGCAUGGCGUGCAGAGGAUCCUGAAAAACAAAGCAGUGACACAUCGCAGAAAGGGAGAAGAUAAGCUGAAGCCGGAGGACAUCACUCAGAUUCAGCCCCAGAAACUCAGCCUCACCCUCCGAUCCGGUGAGCCCCAGUCGUUUGACUUGAAGUUCAAACGAGCCGAGGAUUAUCCCAUCGAUAUGUACUACUUGAUGGACCUGUCCUACUCCAUGAAGGACGAUCUGGAGAACGUCAAGAACCUGGGAACCAGUCUGAUGGUGGAGAUGUCAAAGAUCACCUCUGACUUCCGGAUAGGUUUCGGUUCCUUUGUGGAGAAAACAGUGAUGCCGUACAUCAGCACCACCCCGGCCAAGCUGCUGAACCCAUGCACGGGCGAUCAGAACUGCACCAGCCCCUUCAGCUACAAGAACGUCCUGAAGCUGACCAGCAACGGCAAGAAGUUCAACGACCUGGUGGGCAAGCAACACAUCUCUGGAAACCUGGACUCACCGGAGGGGGGCUUCGAUGCCAUCAUGCAAGUGGCUGUGUGUGGGGAGCUGAUUGGCUGGAGGAACGUGACUCGUCUGCUGGUCUUCUCCACGGACGCUGGCUUCCACUUUGCUGGAGAUGGUAAACUGGGCGGCAUCGUGCUGCCGAAUGACGGAAAAUGUCACAUGGAGAACGGCGUUUACACAAUGAGCCACUACUAUGACUAUCCCUCCAUUGCUCACCUGGUGCAAAAACUGAGCGACAACAACAUUCAGACUAUCUUUGCAGUCACUGAGGAGUUCCAGCCCGUUUAUCAAGAACUGAAAAAUCUGAUACCAAAGUCUGCAGUGGGCACUCUGUCUGCCAACUCCAGCAAUGUAAUCAACCUUAUUAUAGACGCUUACAAUUCUCUCUCGUCAGAGGUUAUUCUGGAGAACAGCAAACUUCCAGAGGGAGUGACCAUAGCCUACACAUCCCGCUGUAAGAACGGCGUGGUCAGUGAGGGCGAAAAUGGACGCAAGUGCUCCAAUAUCUCCAUCGGAGAUCAGGUCAUGUUCAGCAUUAGUGUGACUUCAAAGGGCUGUCCGAAACAAGGCAAGCCUGAGACCAUUAAGAUAAAGCCCCUGGGCUUCACAGAGGAAGUGGAGAUUACCCUGAACUUCAUCUGUGAAUGUGACUGCCACAAGGACGCCAUUAAGAACAGUCCAAGCUGCCACUUUGGUAACGGGACCUACGAGUGUGGAGCCUGCAAGUGUAAUGAAGGGCGAGUGGGCAGAAAGUGCGAAUGCAGCAGUAACGACGUGGCCACGGAGGACAUGGACCGGACCUGCCGUAAAGACAACGGCACGGACAUCUGCAGCAACAACGGAGAAUGUGUGUGCGGCACAUGUGAGUGCAAGACGAGAGAAAACCCAGAGGAGAGGUACAGCGGACAGUACUGCGAGUGCGACAACUUCAACUGUGACCGCUCUGGAAACAAACUGUGUGGAGGGCAUGGUCGCUGUGAGUGCAGAGUGUGUGUCUGUGACCCCAUGUGGACGGGCAGCGCCUGUGACUGCUCUCUGGACAACAGCACAUGCAUGGCCAGCAACAAGCAGAUCUGUAACGGCAGGGGAACGUGUGAAUGUGGCACCUGUAAGUGCACUGACCCCAAAUUCCAGGGUCCCACUUGUGAGACCUGCCCUACCUGUCCAGGAGUCUGUACUGAACACAAAGAGUGUAUCCAGUGCCGGGCGUUCGGCACCGGUGAGAAGAAGGACACAUGCGAGCGCGACUGCACCUACUUCAACCUGUUUAAAGUGAAAGACAGGGACAAGCUGCCCCAGCCCAACGACGCCUCCUACCCCGUGAUGCACUGCAAGGAGAGGGACGCCAACGACUGCUGGUUCUACUACACCUACGCUGUCAACAACAACACCGAGAAGGAGGUCCAUGUGGUCGACUCGCUGGACUGCCCCGCCGGCCCUGACAUCAUCCCGAUCGUGGCGGGUGUGGUCGCCGGCAUCGUCCUGAUUGGCUUAGCCCUGCUGCUCAUCUGGAAGCUGCUGAUGAUCAUCCAUGACAGGAGAGAGUUCGCCAAGUUUGAGAAGGAGAAGAUGAACGCCAAAUGGGACACGGGUGAAAAUCCCAUCUACAAAAGUGCUGUCACGACUGUGGUCAACCCCAAAUAUGAGGGGAAAUGAAGAUGGCGUCGUGUUUUCAAUGAACUCUUUUAUCGAGUAUUUUAAAUCUGCAGUAUUCAGUUUGUUUGUGUUCUGAGCAGAACUUAUGUCCCUUCUUCUUGUCACCUUAUCAUUUAUUUUGUACCAUUCAGCCACUGCAUCUUUAUUUUUACUAACACUUCAUCUGCAUUGGUUUUUAUUUUAGGUGUACAGUAAACAAUGUGUAUAUACUUUAAAGCUGCAGAGGUGGAUGAUAUGAUGGUUGUGUGUUUUUCCUGCCACAGGACUGGUAUGGGCAGACAAUUUAGCUUUUUUUUAAAAAAUACAUUGACAAUACAAAACAGUAUAUGUACAAUGAUUCCUCAGUUCCUUACAGUCUGUCUGUUGUCUUUCUCUGUGCACUGACUUCCUGUGUGUUUCUGUGUGUUCAAGACAAGACCUUGGUUUCAUACGUAAGUUGUCAGCCAUAGUAGCACAUUAUGUCAGUGUGUGUGAGUGUGUGUGAAUAUAUAUAUAUAUAUAGAAAACGACUACAACAUGCAAUAUUCAUAUACAUAUAUAUAUAUACAGACCAGACAAUUGCAUUGAAUCAUAAUAAAAAAAACAACUGUUGUAAAUGUAGUUUUAAACUGCAGAUGAAAAACAUCCAAUGUUAAAAGGUCUGUUGCGCUCUUAUUGUGUUCUGUUGUCUGUCUUGAAAGACUAAAUACACAAGAUGAAUAUCAAUAUCAGCUAUUGUUAUUUGUAUUGUUGAUAUACUAUCACAAAGGGAUUGUAUACCACUUGGUGAAAUUAUAAAAUUGUGGCGACGUUGAACAAUCAAAGGAUUUUGUAAAGUUAUGAUACAAGUUGCAAUAAGCGAAUAUAGUAUUCUUUUAUUUGCUAACUGCAGUAAUUAGCCACUCUCAGGUCCCCUCCUGUGUUCUUGUCUAGAACGCCAAAAGUAUGUUUUCUGUCCGCUCGUCCGGUGAACUGGUGAACUUGUGUUGGUCAGUUUUAUUAGUUAUGUAUCUGAAAAUUGUAAGCAUUAAUCUCGAGUAUUUGUUCAGCUGUCACAUGAAUCACCUCUGAAAUGCUUUUACACCCAAAUGCCUCUGAGGUACGGCCCACAGGCCUUCACAGUAUUCUUUUCAAAGUGCCUUUUAUUUCAAUACCACGUUCUCUCUCUCUGCUGUUAAUUACUUAUUUAUUAAAAUAAAGUACAAAAGCUGUG